AAUAUAAAAAACCAUAGGAGCCCUUCAUCCAGCACAAGUCCUUGAGGACAACAAAGCUCACAGGCGUCUAGGACAAGAGCCAAUACGACACCUCGUGUAAACAUGACUUCCAAGCUGGCUGUUGCUCUCCUGGCAGCUUUCAUGCUUUCUGCGGCUCUGUGUGAAGCUGUAGUUCUGUCAAGAAUAAGUACAGAACUUCGAUGCCAGUGCAUCAAGACUCACUCUACAAGCUUCAAUCCCAAAUACAUAAAAGAACUGCGAGUGAUUGAGAGUGGACCACACUGUCCCAAUUCAGAAAUCAUUGUGAAGCUCUUAAAGGGAAAUGAGAUCUGCCUGAACCCCAAAGAAAAGUGGGUGCAGAAAAUUGUGCAGGUGUUUUUGAAGAGAGCUGAGAAGCAAGGUCAAUGAAAGGAAAAAGCAUUCUCCACAGCUUCCAAGAAUUCCUCAGUAAAGAUGCCAAUGAAACUUCAAACAAAUCUACUUCACUGCUUCAUGUACUGUGUGUGGCUGGUGCAGAGUUGCCAGAUAAAAUACAGGAUGCCCAGUUCAAUUUGAAUAUUAAGUAAAACAAUGAAUAGUUUUUUCACUGUCUCAUAAAAUAUCUAGGUCAUUUAUAUUUAAAAAAAAGCUAAUUGUUUACUAUAAAUUCAAAUUUAGCUGGAAAUCCUGUAUUCUCUCUCUAUUUUUAUUAAAUAUUAUAACACUAGUCUUCUAGCCAAGAUCCAUGAAUCCUUUUAACUGUGCCUUGGUGUUUUCUUUAGGAGAAAAAUUAUCAGCCACCAUCUUACCUCACAGAGAUGUGAGGACAGUUGGAAGCAAUAUAACUUUUGUUCAUGGUCAUGUAAAUUAUUUUCAAGUGUAACUUAUUCACCUAUUUAUUAUUUAUAUAUUUAUUGAGGCAUCAAAUAUAGUUAUAUCUGUUUGUAAAUUUGAAAAUUGGGAUUGUAUAACAAUGAUUGUAAAUUUAUAGUUGUUUUAGAUAUUAAAUAAUAAAGAACUGUCUUGAUCAAAGUUUUAUUUUGAUCAAACUUGCUAGAUUUAGCAAAAUUAAAAACAAAGAAACAGAAUACCUUGUUAUUUUUAUUCCAGGUAAACGAUGAAUAGUUUUUUAGUCUAAAUACAUCAUUAUUUACAUAAAAUGUUAAGGAAACCAGCCAUCCUGCUUUGGACACUCCCUGCGUGAGGUCCCGUCGCGCAGGGGUGGUUAUGAGGCUGUUUGUUGGGUCACCAGGAUCCUGAGUUAGGGUCAUCUUUCUCAAGACAGCAAAAAUUCACCAGGUAAUAUCAAACAAAGUAACUUCUUGCUGGUAAAACCUUUUUAUUAUGUAUAAAUAAGUUCUCAUAAUUUUAUUUAAAUAAUUGUGUUUUUAAUAGUCACUUUAAGAUACUUUUAUGUAUUUUGGAAGAAAUUUUUUCUACUGUUUUGUUCAUA